UUAGACCAGCCGUAUGUAUCUUACUGUGAUGAUCUUUGCAGAUGUUUAGCGGAAGUGGCAAACAGCGGUAAUUUGGAUUUGGACUUUGGAGUAUUGUUGAGUUGCUAUAAUGUCAGGUGGGAUGUGUGCUCUUAAGAAAGAAGAAAUACUGAAGAUUAUCCUAUUCCAAGAGGUGGACAGAGUUGUUACAGAGACGUCGAAGGAGAUUGGUGUAACAUGUUCAUCUGAGGUUGUGAAUGUAUUUGCAGAAAUGGCUUGGAAGAAAGCUCGUUCAAUUGCUGAAGAUUUGGAAUUGUUUGCAAAACAUGCCAAACGGAGUAUGGUAUCUUCAGAUGAUGUGAAGCUUGUUGUGCGGAGAAACCCUUCCUUGAGCCAGCAGGAGCCUCCCAGCAGAGACAUCAGGAGACUCUUCAUAUACCUACAACAGUAAAAGAGAGGAAGACGUACUCCACAGCUUCAAAUAUAAUUGAUGUUCAGUCAAAUAAUAGUGGUUAAGAGACCGAGAUGUUGGACCAAAGAAAUGUCAUCUUCUUACCCAAUUACUUGAAGGAAAACAGCAGAGAGAGAGAGAGAGAGAGAGAGAGAGAGAGAGAUGACAAGAAAAGAACAAAGCAUAGAAUUAAUUUGUCGGUUCCGGUGGAAUGGGAACACUCUUAGACAGCAGAAUAAGCUGUGGACAUUAUGUGAACAACCACACAGGUGGGAUUGGAAAACACUUCAGCUCAACAUGUAUCACCUACAUCUUUGCUGAUUACCUUCUCAGUUAUCUUACAGUGGAAAUGCAAUGGCUACUAUCUCCAUGUGUGAGAAA